AUGGAAGACGAGGCCCUGAAGUACAAGAGCCCAAGCGUAGCCGGCAAGCUACAGUUAGAGGCUUGGCUUCAUGCGCAUGACCAUCGUCCUUAUCCUGCCUAUCACGACAUCGAAGGGUCAUGGGCCUUUUCAGGGUUUACGUUCUUUUUGGACCAUGCCCAAGCUGAUCCAUAUGCGCUUCCCAGCAAAGCGCGUGUUCGUGUAUCGCAUGCUGAUGCCCAAUUUCCUCCUGACAUGCUAGUGUCCUCUGUUCGACGUACAGCUCUUGCGGAUUUUUUGCUUCGUCGAAUCUAUGAGGAAUGCAUGCAACGGCGAUAUGAUGUGAAACUUGGUGGGCAGGGAUGGGCCGGCGGUAAAGGUGGCCAGAUUCAAGUCGAUGAGCCUGGUCAAUAUGUCUUGGAGCGAACAGCCGUUGUCGUGGACGAGCAUGGUAUCGAGGUACGGUUCCUGGUAGGCCUACCUGCGCGUGGACGAAGUAUUAUGGGCGCCUUUGCAGCUUCUCUUUUGUGUGAAAAGGUGCCUAGGUUGGUGGAGCGUGGUCUGUACUAUACCAGUUACGAACCGUCUGCCCUAUGGGCGCAUAUCCAUGGUGUUGAGGAUCAAAGUGCUCUUCGCGAACAACUCUCGUCUCUGGGUCUACGCGGUGAUUCAGAUCUUCCAGCAGACGAGUGUGUGGCGUUUACCAGCCCACCAUCCCUGCAAGUCUCGAUCUCUGUGCCUCAUGCGGGCACCAUCCAUGGCAUGGGUAUCCGUGCUGGCUCUCUGUAUGUAUGUGUGGGCGGUGGCUUCCAUGGCAAAUCUACCUUCCUUUCUGCUAUGGCUUUGGGGUCGUACAAUUUUGUGCCGGGGGAUGGACGGGAGUUUGUAUGUACGUCGCCCCAUGUUGCGACUGUACGGUCUGAAGAUGGACGUGCGGUGCACAAUGUCUGCAUUGAUCCCUUCAUAUCCAAUUUGCCAAAUGGGAGCGAUACACAGUCUUUUUCCACUGCCAAUGCAUCAGGAAGUACGUCCUGUGCGGCCGCGUUAAUGGAGGCGCUCGAGUUGGGGGCCGAUUUGCUCGUAUUGGAUGAGGAUACGACAGCGUCGAAUUUCCUUGUCCGUGAUGCACUCAUGCAGGCCUUAGUGACGUCAGAGCCUAUUACCCCGCUGGUCAUGCAUAUACGUCCACUUCUUGCACAAACAGGCGUAUCGGUCCUUCUUGUGAGUGGCGCAUCUAGCGCGUUUUUGCCUGUGGCUGAUGUCGUAGUGCAGAUGGACCGGUAUGAGAUGAAAGAUGUGACCAUGCAUGCGAAGACACUGUGCGAAGCACAGCACGUUGAGCCUGCACCCUCGUCGUCGAAAGCUGUGUUUGCAUCGCUCCCUACACGCACAUUUUCUAUGCCUCUGUCUCUGGACAAAUCUUCGACCAAGCAUCGCCAUGCGAUUCAUGUGGGCCAGGAUGUAUGGGAUCUUCAUGCGAUUCCUCAGUUAGUGCAUCCCAGCCAAACUCGAGCGAUUGAAGCGUUAGCACGUCGGUGGUCUGCAUCGACAUCGACGACAGUCUCCCUUCGCACCUUGCUUGACGAAGUGGAACGUGAACUCGAUACGCACGGCGUCGACGCUCUGAUGGAUCGCUGGCCCAACGGAUUUUACGCGCGGCCUAGGCGCCUGGAUAUCGGAAGCGCACUCAAUCGCCUACGACACAUAAAAUUUCAAAGUACAUAG